AAUUAUACCUGAAAAGAAUCUUAGGCCCACUUGAUUUUGCUCUGCUACAUUACAACCACCCAUGAGGAACGAGCUGAUUAAAGGGAAUAUAAAACAGAGCAACAAAGGAGACUAAAGUCAGCAUAGAACAAAAAUGAAUUCUGCUCAAAGAGAAACUAGUGAAUAAUUAUUUUCUGUCCAGUCUCCACCUCCCACAGCAACCCCACCUUUGUUUGUCUGCGGGCUGACAGGCUCAGGGUAAAGACCUUUUACAACAGCAGGGAUCUGAUUUCAGGAAGGGGAGGCUGCUUGUUUCGAAAGGCUGUGGCACUUUUCUUUCCCCGACCCACCUGACUGCUGGAAGGUGACCACAUCCUGUCUUUGCUAUAGCCACAGGUUAAUGUUAAACAAGGGCAACUGUACUAGUCCUUAUCUCAUUCCAAGUCUGAAGUAGUGAAAGUCUGGGUGCAAGGUAGCAGAUAGUGAUACGAAUGGAAGAGGUGCAGCACUGCAGUUCAUUGCCUGGAGCAUCUGAGGAAACAGAACUGAUUUCAGCAGAGAAGAACAAAGGAACAAUGAAAAGAAGUUUGCUUCAGUCCUAAGAAAAGGGGACUGCAUGCUGAGACCUAUGCUGCCUCCUCCCCACCACACCUGUGCUGGCUUAUUGACACAGCCUCUGUAGCUAACCACCUAGCUUUGAUUCUGGGCAGGUGUGGCUUGUAUACCCUUCUGCUACAGCCUGCUUGUAUCAGCUUGUGAAUGUGAAGGGAGAAAGAGAGAUCUAUUUACUUGAACAGCAGAGAGAUUUGGUAAGCUGAAGUUUUUAUUUUUGUUUUUCCUUGUACUUCCUUGAACUAGAUCAUGGCUCAGCAAAAUGGCCAGGUAAAUUGCUCUAAUGUGAUUGAUCACAGCCAUAUCUCUGAGUUUGAGGUUUCCCUGUGGAUCAAGAUCUCUCUAGCUUUCGUCUAUGCUUUUGUCUUUGUUGCGGGGAUCCUGGGCAAUAGCGUCACCAUCCAGACCACCAGAGUGCUGCAGAAGAAAGGCUAUCUGCAGAAAGAGGUCACGGACCAUAUGGUGAGCUUGGCCUGUUCUGAUCUGCUGGUCAUCCUGCUGGGGAUGCCUGUGGAGUUCUUCAGCAUUAUCUGGACCCCCUUCUCCACGCCUAAUGGCAACGUGGCCUGCAAGUUGUACUGGUUCCUCUUCGAGGCCUGCAGCUACGCCACCAUACUGCACGUGGCCACUCUCAGUUUCGAGAGGUACGUUGCCAUCUGUCACCCUUUCAAGUUCAAGUCUGUUUCUGGACCCCAUAAGGUGAAGAUCCUCAUUACCUUGGUCUGGGUUAUCUCCAUCUUGGUGGCCCUGCCCCUGCUUUUUGUGAUGGGCACCGAAUACCCCCUAGAAGCUGUCCAGGGUUACCGAGGGCAGACAGCCUGUGUCACACCUACCUCCAGACACCACUGGCCUGACGUGAGGCCCAAUGUCACUAUAUGCACAAAUCUUUCUUCCAAGUGGACUGUCUUCCAGUCCAGCAUCUUCAGCGCCUUCAUUGUGUACAUUGUGGUGCUGGUAGCGGUGGCCUUCAUGUGCCGCAGCAUGAUGAAAACCCUGAUGAUCCUCAAGAAAGGGACGGUGGCAGUUAAGGGGGCACAAAGACACCAGGAGCAGUAUCUAAGGAAAAAUGAGAGUGCAGAGGGCAAGAACUCCAGGCAACAGACCAUCAUCUUCCUAGGACUGAUUGUUGCCACUCUGGCGAUCUGUUGGAUGCCCAAUCAGAUUCGAAGGAUCAUGGCGGCUGCUAAACCUAAGCAGGACUGGACUGUACCCUACUUCAGAGCAUAUAUCACCCUUCUUCCCAUUGCAGACACCUUCUUUUACUUCAGUUCGGUGGUAAAUCCACUCCUGUACAAUAUCUCUUCUCAGCAGUUCCGAACCGUAUUUCUACAAGUCCUCCGGUGUCGUCUGACGAUAGAACAUGCCAACAAGCAGAAGCUUCUGAGAGCCAAUUAUAAUUCUCAAACCAGCAGUGGCCGCUUUAUGCGUCCCUUGAUCUUCAUUUCAUCUAAACGCAGAUCUUCUAGAAAGAACCCUGUUGUCUUAAGUACUUUUCAGAACGAGACCAAACCUGACUGCAGUCCGCAAACAUUGAAUCUUGAAACACUGGAGUCCAGAUUGGAAACAAUGCCACUGGAGGCUAAUUUAGAGUCUAGUCCAGCUGCACAGAAUGGCCUUCAUGAACACGAAUGUGACUCCGUGUAAGACAAAGUUAGAUGACUAUCAAUAAA